AUGAACCUCAUGAAAUUAUUAACAUGUGCAUUGACACUGUCCUUGUGUCUUACAGGUGUGGAGGAGAUCUCUCUGUCUGAGCUGGAGCUGAAGGACAAAUGGGAGCAGUCUCUGGGGCCACAGUACGAUGUUCUGGUGGUUGAACUGGACCCUGUUAUUGAAGAUGAUGCUGAACUACAGAAUUACUCCAAGCUACUACCCAUCCACACCAUGCGUCUGGGGGUGGAGUUGGACUCGUUUGACGGCCACCACUACAUCUCCUCUGUGGCCCCAGAAGGUCCUGUGGCCAAACACGGCCUCCUGAGACCAGAGGACGAACUACUAGAGGUAAACGCGGUGCAGCUGUACGGCAUGUCGAGGCGCGAGGCGGUGGCGUUCCUUCGUGAGGUUCCCCCUCCCUUCACCCUAGUGUGCUGCAGAAACCUGACAGAGGAGAACUCAGACUACCAGCAUGACCGGGACGAUAAGUGGCGCUUGCCCAGCACUGCUGCCAGCCUCUCUGAGAUGGAAGCCAAGCUGUCUUCUGUAUGGGUUAGUCAGGCAUACCGCCGAGACCCUACUGGUGACCAGCUUCAGGACCGAGCCACCCUAAAGGAGAUCUCAGAGGAGGACCGAGCCACCCUGAAGGAGAUCUCAGAGGAGGACCGAGCCACCCUGAAGGAGAUCUCAGAGGAGGACCAAGCCACCCUGAAGGAGAUCACAGAGGAGGAGCAAGUGCCCACAUGGAAUGAAGAGGGAGAGCUGGCUCUGUGGUCCCCAGACAUCCAGUUGUUGGAGCUGGAGAAGAGAGAGAGAGGCCUGGGCUUCAGCAUACAAGACUACCAGGUGAAGGAGGAAGGUGGAGAUGGUACUGUGGAGAAGCUGGAGUCCAGAGCCCUCUUUGAUCAGCUCUCUCUAGGUCAGUCUGUGAAUUCCUGGGUGGAGACUGGGGACAGCGAGGCGGACUUGGACUCCAGGAACGGAAGAUCAGAACUCAUCCUCACAGACACAGACUCGGUGCAUUUGAUUGGCACAGAGAGGAGAAAGAGGAGGGGCCAGGGAGGAGGACGACACAGUGAUCUACCUGAGAGGGAGGAAGGAGAGGGAGAGGAGACCCCUGCCUUCAGUCACUGGGGACCCCCACACAGGUAAGGGCUGUGUCCAUGUGUGUCCAUUUGUCUGUCUGUCUAUGUGUCCAAGUGGAUACUGACAAAGUAUCUUUUUCUAAUGAAACAUUUAACAGAUUCACUAAAUUCACCUUGUUGUUUGGGUGACGGUUUUUGUUUUUAGUUUAUCGGGUACAGAAGGACUGGGGAAAGAAUCAUUAGAAAACGUGUAG